CCCGGGGCGGAGCCGCAGCCGGAACGGCAGUCGGGGCCCAUGGGCUCGGGGUCGCGCAGCCCGGCCCGGCGGCGGCGGUCCCGCUCGCCGCGGCGGGAGCGGGGCCGGGAGCGCUCCGGUAGCCGAGAGAAGCGGCGGCGGCGGAGCCGGAGCGGGGGGCGCCGCCGCCGGGAGCCGAGCUCGGGCUCUGACUCUGGUGACGAGAGACAGAAAUGGAAGAAGAAGAAAAGCAAAAGCAGGGACCAGCACCAUAAAAGCCAGAAGAAGCACCGCUCACGGUCCCGGGGUCGCUCCUCCGGCUCGAGCUCGGAGCGCGAGCGAGACAAAAGGAGAGCCCGGAGCAGAGAGCGGUGGAGGAAGAGAGAUGGCUCCAAGUCUUCUGUGUCCUCCGUCAGCUCUCCCUCCCCGCCACGCUCCCGGGGCAGGGAGGAGACGGGGCAGCAGCUGAGCCUCCAGGAGCGCUUGAGGCUGAAGGAGGAGAAGAAGAAGCAGGCUGCGCUCAUGAAAGCCUUGGAGACACCCGAGGAGAAACGGGCUCGCCGGCUGGCCAAGAAGGAGGCCAAGGAGAGGAAGAAGCGGGAGAAGAUGGGGUGGGGAGAGGAGUACAUGGGUUACACCAACACCGACAAUCCCUUUGGGGACAACAACCUGCUGGGCACCUUCAUCUGGAGCAAGGCACUGGAAAAGAAAGGGAUCAGCCACCUGGAUGAGAAGGACCUGAAGGAGAGGAACAAGCGAAUCCAGGAGGACAAUCGCCUGGAGCUGCAGAAGGUGAAGCAGCUACGCCUGGAGCGGGAGCGGGAGAAGGCAAUGCGUGAGCAGGAGCUGGAGAUGCUGCAGCGGGAGAAGGAGGCAGAGCACUUCAAAACCUGGGAGGAGCAGGAGGACAACUUCCACCUGCAGCAGGCCAAGCUGCGGUCUAAGAUCCGGAUUCGGGAUGGGAGGGCGAAACCCAUUGACCUUCUGGCCAAGUACAUCAGCGCGGAGGAUGACGACCUGGCUGUGGAGAUGCACGAGCCCUACACCUUCCUGAACGGCCUGACUGUCUCCGACAUGGAGGAUCUGGUGGAGGACAUCCAGGUUUACAUGGAGCUGGAGCAAGGAAAGAAUGUGGACUUCUGGAGAGACAUGACCAUCAUCACAGAGGAUGAGAUAGCCAAGCUCCGCAAACUGGAGGCCUCUGGGAAAGGAGGACCAGGGGAGCGUCGGGAUGGCGUCAACGCCUCUGUCAGCUCAGAUGUGCAGUCUGUGUUCAAGGGGAAGACGUACAACCAGCUCCAAGUGCUGUACCAGGGCAUCGAGAGCAAGAUCCGGGCAGGAGGACCCAACCUUGACAUUGGGUACUGGGAGAGCCUGCUGCAGCAGCUGAAGGCUUACAUGGCUCGGGCCAGGCUGCGGGAGCGGCACCAGGAUGUGCUGCGCCAGAAGCUGUACAAGUUGAAGCAGGAGCAGGGUGUGGAAAGUGAACCACUCUUCCCCAUCAUCAAGCGGGAGCCGGCCUCCCCCAGCGACAGUUCUCUCUUCUCUCUUCCUUGCAGGCUGGAUCCUGACGAGAGCAUUGUGGUACAGCCAGGGCCGUCCUCGGAGCCAGAGGCUGAGCAGGACACAGAGGCCAAAGGAGAGGCAGAGGGGGAAGCCGUGCUGAUGGAGGAGGACCUGAUCCAGCAGAGCCUGGACGACUACGACGCGGGGAAGUACAGCCCACGGCUGCUGGGCACCAAUGAGCUGCCCUUUGACGCCCACGUGCUGGAGGCCGAGGAGGAUACGCAUCGGCUGCUGCUUCUGCGUCAGCAGCUCCAAGUCACAGGUGAUGCCACUGAGAGCGCUGAUGACAUCUUCUUCCGUAAGGCCAAAGAGGGCAUGGGCGCAGACGAGGCGCAGUUCAGCGUGGAAAUGCCUCUCACAGGCAAGGCCUAUCUCUGGGCUGACAAGUACCGGCCCCGCAAGCCCCGCUUCUUCAACCGGGUGCACACGGGCUUCGAGUGGAACAAGUACAACCAGACCCACUACGACUUUGACAACCCCCCGCCCAAGAUCGUGCAGGGCUACAAGUUCAACAUCUUCUACCCCGACCUCAUCGACAAGCGCUCGACGCCUGAGUACUUCCUGGAGGCCUGCCAGGACAACAAGGACUUUGCCAUCCUGCGCUUCCACGCUGGGCCCCCCUACGAGGACAUUGCCUUCAAGAUCGUCAACCGUGAGUGGGAGUAUUCCCACCGCCACGGCUUCCGCUGCCAGUUUGCCAACGGGAUCUUCCAGCUCUGGUUCCACUUCAAGCGUUACCGUUACCGCAGAUGAGGGGCUGCUCAACUCCCCUCUGGACCCCUGGCACAGGGGGUGGCCGGGAGUAUCUCAUCCCUGUCACAGACACUGUCCCACAGACGUCCCUGAGGCGUGGCCCAGCACAGGGCCUAUUCCUGAGGGUUUUCCCUGUCUUUGCUUUUAUCCUGAGGGACCCUGAGACUUUGGUACAAAUAAAUAG